CCCGGAGCCGAGCCGAGCCGAGCCGAGCCGAGCCGAGCCCGCCCCGUCGCCACCCGAGCCGCGGGGCCGCCGCCAGCCUCUAGCAUGAUGUCUUACCUCAAACAGCCCCCGUACGGCAUGAACGGGCUGGGGCUGGCGGGGCCCGCCAUGGACCUGCUGCACCCCUCCGUGGGCUACCCCGCCACCCCGCGGAAGCAGCGGCGGGAGCGCACCACCUUCACCCGCUCGCAGCUGGACGUGCUGGAGGCGCUUUUCGCCAAGACCCGCUACCCGGACAUCUUCAUGCGCGAGGAGGUGGCGCUCAAGAUCAACCUGCCCGAGUCCCGCGUCCAGGUGUGGUUCAAGAACCGGCGGGCCAAGUGCCGGCAGCAGCAGCAGAGCGGCGGCGGCGCCAAGGCCCGGCCGGCCAAGAAGAAGUCGUCGCCGGCGCGGGAGAGCUCGGGCUCGGAGAGCAGCGGCCAGUUCACGCCGCCCGCCGCCUCCAGCUCCGCCUCGUCCUCCUCGUCCAGCUCCAACUCCUCGGGCCCCGCGGCGGCGGCGGCGGCGCUGGGCAACCCGGCGGCGGCGGCGCUGAGCACGCCCGCCUCGUCCAUCUGGAGCCCGGCGUCCAUCUCCCCGGGCGCGGCGCCCUCGGCCGUGGCCGUGUCGGUGCCGGAGCCGCUGCCGCCCAGCAGCGCCUCGUGCAUGCAGCGCUCCGUGCCCGGCGCCUCGUCCGCCUCCUACCCCAUGUCGUACGGCCAGGGCGGCGGCUACGGGCAGGGCUACCCCGCGCCGCCCUCCUCCUCCUACUUCGGCGGCGUGGAUUGCAGCUCCUACCUGGCGCCCAUGCACUCGCACCACCACCCGCACCAACUCAGCCCCAUGGGCCCAUCCUCCAUGCCCGGCCACCACCACCACCCGCUGAGCCAGAGCUCGGGCCACCACCACCACCACCACCACCACCACCACCAGGGCUACGGCAGCGCGGGGCUGGCCUUCAACUCCUCCGACUGCCUGGACUACAAGGAGCCCGGCGCCGCCGCCGCCUCCUGGAAACUCAACUUCAACUCCCCCGACUGCCUGGACUACAAGGACCAGGCGUCCUGGCGCUUCCAGGUGCUGUAGGGCCCCGGCCUCCGCCCGCCCGGCCCCGCGCCGCCCUGCCCCGCACCGACUCUUAUUUAUUGGCCCCGCGGCGGGGCGGCCCCGCGCGCUGGACGGCAGGGGCUGGGCGCGGGCCCCGGACUGCGGACCAGGCGCCGAGGCGGAGCGGGCCCCCCCCUCCCGGGGACGGGGCCAAGGGGAAAAGGAAAGGCAAAACCACACAAACGAAAAACAAAACAAAAAAAAAUCAAAACGAAAAAAGGCAAAAAAAAAAGAUAAAAUAAAAGCAAAGCCGGCCCGCCAGUCCCGUGCCCGCGGGCCCCGUUGUCUAGUGCGUUUAGUGAUGCCCCCGUGCCGCCGCCCCGCCCCGCCCCGCUUCUGUGUCCCCGGUCCCCGUCCCCCGCCCCCUCCCCCGGCGGGAACAGGCCUCCGUGCGCGGGGCGCGGGCAUGUGCGGCCUCCCCUCCCCUCCCCUCCCCUCCCCUCCCCUCUCCCCCGUGUCCCGCAAUAAACUUCAGCGAAUGACGCCCCUGGUCCGUGUCGUGCUUCCGCGGGGCCGGCCACAGAGGUCCGGCGCGGGGACAGGUGCGGGCGGCCGGGCACCCUCCCCCUCUGCCUCCCCUUCCCCGCGGCGGGGCGAGCGGGAGCCCCCCGCGCCCCGUGCCCGCCCCCCCUCUCUCCCGCCUCGCAGCCCGGGGAGGCGCGGGGCGGAGCUGCGGGCGCGGCGGGGACAGGACAGGAGGGGAGGGAGCUGCCCGGGCCGUGCCCGCUGCCCCCGCAAGAAACCGCGCGUCUCCCCUCCCGUGCGCGGUGCCCGCAGCCCUCGGGGCAGGCGGCGCCGGCCGGGCCGGCGGGAG